AUGAGAAAAUUGUAUAGGAAGCUCAGAGACCCAUUCGCUAGGGUGAAGAGACAUGUUACUACUUCACAUUCAGCAGGGUUUAGAGACAGAAACUGGAUGUUCCCUUUUCUAGCAAGCUUGAUCAUGUCUAUUACACUACUGUUGUUGUUUAUUUCUGGGCAAUUCGACGGCGGCUUCAAUACGGAAGAAGCUCAAUUACCACCAUUAGAUGUUGUUGAGGCAGAGUCUAAUAAUGACUACUUUGUAGAAUCAGGUUUCGAAAAAUCUCCGGCAACUCCUCAUGUUGUACAACCAGAGCCUCCUACUCCUCCUAGGUUAGCUUAUUUGAUAUCAGGAACCAAAGGCGAUAGUCAUAGGAUGAUGAGGACUUUACAAGCUGUCUACCAUCCUAGAAACCAGUAUGUUCUGCAUUUGGAUCUCGAGGCUCCACCUCGGGAACGGAUGGACCUGUCCAUGUCUGUUAAGAAUGAUCCUACUUUUCGUGAGUUGGACAAUGUUCGCGUCAUGGCUCAGUCUAAUCUUGUUACUUAUAAAGGCCCUACAAUGAUUGCUUCUACUCUUCAAGCCGUCGCCAUUUUGCUGCGAGAGAGCUUACAUUGGGAUUGGUUUCUUAAUCUUAGCGCCUCAGACUAUCCUCUAGUAACACAAGAUGAUUUGCUACAUGUCUUCUCAAACCUGUCUCGGAAUGUCAAUUUCAUCGAGAAUACGCAGCUCACCGGAUGGAAACUGAAUCAGAGGGCUAAAUCAAUCAUUGUUGAUCCUGGCCUAUACCUAUCAAAGAAAUCUGACAUUGCUUGGACUACUCAACGACGAUCACUUCCAACUUCUUUCAAGCUAUUCACCGGCUCAGCUUGGAUAAUGUUGACACGGUCUUUCCUCGAGUACUGCAUUUGGGGAUGGGAUAAUUUCCCAAGAACAAUACUAAUGUACUACACAAAUUUCGUAUCUUCUCCUGAAGGAUACUUCCACACAGUGAUCUGCAACAGCAAAGAGUUUGUCAACACUGCUAUUGGGCAUGAUCUACACUACAUUGCGUGGGACAAUCCUCCAAAGCAACACCCAAGAUCUCUCUCCUUGAAGGAUUUUGACAAUAUGGUCAAGAGCAAAGCUCCCUUUGCGCGUAAGUUCCACAAGAACGAUCCUACGUUAGACAAGAUCGAUAGAGAGCUAUUGGGACGGACACACCGGUUUGCACCAGGAGGAUGGUGUGUUGGGAGUUCAGCUAAUAACAAUGAUCCGUGCUCUGUACAAGGCGACGACUCUGUGUUGAAUCCUGGACCUGGUUCUGAGAGGUUGCAGGAGCUUGUUCAGACACUUUCAUCUGAUGAAUAUAGGAGAAAACAGUGUUCUUGAAGUUAUCUAGUGAUCACGCUAAAUAUAACGUUGUACAGUAUAUUGUUUUGUUUGAUUAUAAAUUUUGGUUACAGAAA